UAUUGAAAUCCUAGUAUGACCUCUCGUAUACCGCUCUUCAAUGACUAGGCCGGCUACGAUUAUCAUUCCCGAUAGAAUGUGAACGCCGAUACAGUAUCGUCAUGGUUAUUGGCAGUCCCACAACUUGACGCCAAGAAACUAUAGUGAGGGGCAUAACCAUUUCAGUAAUGUAGUUCGGCACCACCCGCGAAGACGUCGCCGACAAGUCCAACUAGUGAGAUAUGGCAACGUCCAACUUCGUCUAUUCGCAAGUGACGCAUCCCGACGAAAUCAGGACUUUGACCUUAUAUCCGGGCUCGGAGAAUGACAAACUUGAAGGGUCUAUAAAGCAUAUUCAACUCCCCCCUUCCAUUUCGCCAACCACAUCCUUUUCGGCGGAUACACGGCAACAAAACACAAGAGUCUUUCGCAACACAAGAAGACUUCUCGACAUUUUUGAAGCGCACUCUCAUCAAUCCGUGGAGUCAGAAGACUUCGGCGGUGACAUUUGGCGUUGGAAAUUAUUCGAGUCAAGCAAGCAAUCUAGGCGCAGAUCAAUUGGUGGAAGACAAUUCCUCGUGGAAGAACCGGUGUUGGGUUUCGAUUGCAAUCGCAUCGAAUAUGCUCGCGAAUCAUACGAUGCGCUGUCGUAUACGUGGGGCGAUCUACAGAAGACCCAUGAGAUAGCUGUCGAUGACCAAACUCUUGGUAUAACGAGAAACCUUUACAUGGCUUUGAUGAAGCUAAGGUCUCCAACUGAGCCGCGAUGUCUGUGGAUCGAUGCAAUAUGUAUUGAUCAGGGAAAUGUCCAGGAGAGGAAUCAUCAGGUACAAAUGAUGAAGCGGAUAUUCUCUACGGCGUCGUCAGUCAUCGUAUGGUUGGGCGACGCCGAAGGUAGCGUUCGUGAUACUCUGGAAAUGAUUCUCAAAUGCAAUUGGAGCGGAGGAAAGAAAAAUCUAUUCAACUACCCCAAAGAGGCGCUCCAAGGGCUAGGAGAGUUGUUCAAACGACCAUGGUGGAAACGCAUAUGGAUAAUUCAAGAAGUUGUUGCUGCGAAAGAGAUCGUCGUGCUCCUAGGAGAUACCAUCUUCCCUUGGAAGAUGCUGGUGGAUCUCUGCCGGGCGAUUCAGGUGGCCGAGUUUCUCUUGCAUCCUAUGGCAUCUAUGAUCCGCUCCUGUGGAUAUCAAAAAUUCACGGUCUUAGACCAUUUCCGACGGAAUAAGAGCAUGCCUCUUGUUCGAUUUGUGCACUGCACCCAGGAUUAUCAAGCAACAGACUCCCGCGAUAAGUUGUAUGCGCUCUUGGGGAUGGCUUCGGAUGUAACUCCAGACGAUAUCAUACCCGACUACACGAAACCGGUCCAAGAGGUGUUCCUUGAUCUGGUUAGGUUUAUGGUAACCAACCGCUAUGACCUGGAUAUAAUAUCAUCAGGCCGCCUAAUAAUUUCGAACCCGACUGCCCCUAGUUGGUUACCAGAUUGGCGUGGUCUGAAUACCCUAAGACCGUUAAACAGCGAAGAAGUUGGUGGCCAUUUCUAUCGAGCGUCAGGCAACACGCAUGCUGUGGUUGACAUGACUGAAUUCCCUUCAAGCCUCACAGCUGAAGGAUGGAUGGUAGAUGCAAUCGACUUUUUCGAUGACACAGUCACACUCACCCAUGCGAGCCCAUCGGUGAUACAGCGUUGGCAGAGUAUCGCAAAGGCAAAUGUUGAUAUCACUAUGAUGAGCCUCUUCUGGAGGACAAUCGUGAUGGAUAAAGAUCAUCUGGGGAAUCAGGCCUCGGUGUCUUUUGGGAGGACAUUUGAUGACUUCGUCAACAGCUCGGACAAGACUCGUUCGCGGCUCGUCCAACACUUCUCUGAUGCGGUGACAAGGGCGAUAUUGGGCCGGCGAUUCUUCAUCACGAAAAGGGGUCGGAUGGGCCUUGGACCACCGGAGAUUCAACCAAAUGACCAUAUUGCUAUUCUCAAGGGAUGUCAUGUUCCUCUUGUGUUGCGUGAGACCGGGGACCACAUGAUUGUUGUCGGGGAAGCUUAUGUCUCCGCAUUAAUGAAUGGUGAACUUGUGUCAGAGUUAACUGAGGGGCGAUAUGGCCUCAACACAAUUAAACUAAAAUGACAUCCCAAAUUACGCCCUUGUUAUAUUGUAC